AUGGCCCCGUAUCUAGCAUUUUCCCCGGCGGCGGAGAUCGUCGGCUGCUACAUGCUCAUCAGACAAUUGCCAGAGUCAAAGCGCAAGUACAAACCGGCCAUGUACAUGAACUCGUUCUGGAGCAACUUUGUGUUGGUCAGCGUCGAGUACUGCACGCGCAGCAUUUUCAACGCGGAGACUGUUCGAGGCUUGACGCGCACACAGUUGAGGGAGUCGGGACACCAGGGCCAGCAAGGUAACAACAAGCCACAGCCGCAGCACCGACGCCGAUACUCGCGGAUGUCGUCGAUGCGGCGGUUCAUUGCCAUUUACCUGCAGACCCUCCCUGGGAUUGUGACAUCUUUGAUCGCCAUCGUGUACGUCCACUCCAUCAGUCUCUUCGCCACGAUCGAUCGGGAGACAGAGCUACUGGCCUUUGCUAUCGGCAGCAUCGCGCUCAAGCUCACGCUGCAGGAAGCUGCCAAGCGCCACUUGCUGUCUACCAAGGAACCACUGCCACGACGGGCGAUGAUCGCGCUGAUCUCCACCCCGACGAUUCUCGUUGACACGCAGGUGCGAAUGCUGUUGAUGCGGCUACAAGACGUGACGAUCUCCGUCUUAGGGUCGGCACUGCUGGCGCUCGCGGAGAUCUCAGUGCGCGCGUUCAAGUCGAUGCUGGUCCAUCGACAAGUCCACCAAAUCCUCAAGCAGCGCGUCGCCCCCACGAUCGCCAAACAGACGCCGGUCGAGCCAGUCGUCAAGAGACGAACCACCUCGCCAGCGCGCCCUGCGACUGAUGAGACGGAGGCGCAACGACAGAGGCACCUCGUGUACCAGUUCCUCUCCAAAGCCGCGUCCGCCAAGUCCGAGUCCGUGCAGCAGCUGCACUACUUCCUCAUCUUUGCCUUCCAGGUGAGCGUGGAGGUGGCGGUGGACUUUGUGGCCUGCAACGUCGAGGCCCUGCAGGGCGUCGACUUCGGCAGCUUCGACCAGAACGACCCGUUCCUGACCUUCUUCAUGUCCAUGCUGGCCUUCGCCAACGUCUCCAUCUCCGCGGGGCUCUACAUCCGCUCGUGA